AUGACUUCAGACAACCUUUAUGGGCCUUCAGGAUUAAGGUUGAUGAAGCAAAGCUCCUUUCAUAAAGCUGUCUAUGAGGAAGGUAAUGCUUAUAACUGGAAAUGCAAACAUACAUAUAGCAGCCAACUGGGAAGGCUCUGGAUUGUCCUUUUGCUCCUCUUCCUCCUCUGUAUCAUGCUCCAAGUUAUUGAGAAGUUGCAGUACACCAGCAAUUGCAGGUGCGACUUCAAACUGAAGCAGCUUUCCCUUAAGGAAAGCAGAGCCAAAAAGAAUUCCUUCCAGAUUCAAAGGAGCCCAGCCUCUGCUCCCCUUCAUUCCAAACAUGUGCAGAAAAGCACCCCACAAAUGAGGGGCCCCAGCCCUGCCAAGAAAAAGAUGCAUGUCACAAAACUGAGCAAAGCAUUCAGUAAAACCAAACUGCUGUCUGCCAGCCUAGGCAGCAAAGAAUUCUGGCAAAAACCAUUUGUAGAGGGUAAAGACAGGGUGUGGAUCCAACAUACCACAAAAAGACUGGAGGACUGGUGGAACCACAGCACCAAAGAGGUUCCCCAAAGAGACAGGGCAGUGGUGACCUUUGCCAAUGAUUGGGUGUCUGUUGAUGCAACAAAGGCUGGAAUUUCCCUGGUCAAAGUAGCAGAACCUGCAUCAAAGACUGCUGCAGAGGAUCAAACCUCAGAUCUUAAAGGGCCCUGGAGAAGUCCCUCUCCCAAUGGCACAACAAUUACUCAAUCAGAGGCCUUUGAUGCCCUAAAAGUCAAAAGACCAGCUGGGAUGGCAUCAGCAAAGCCACCAGAAAAAAUAGCUCUUCCAAAAGUUGGAACAGCAAAGGAUGGAGCAAGCAUUUCCAACCCCUCUCAAGGUUCAACAUGCAAGCCCAAGACCCACAUUGUUUUCCUUAAAGUGCACAAGAGUGCCAGCAGCACUGUCAUGAACAUUUUAUUCCGCUUUGGUGAGACUCGCAACCUCACCUUUGCCUUGCCAGUCAAUGGCGCCAGUCAGUUGUACUAUCCUCAUUAUUUCACAGCAGCAGUUGUGGAGGGAUUUUCUCCAGACAAAGAUCCCCAGUUUCACAUUAUGUGUCAUCACAUGAGGUUCUUUCAGCCAGAGGUUGCCAGAGUCAUGCCAAACACUACCAUUUACUUUUCCAUCCUCCGGAAUCCUAUUCAUCUCAUGGAAUCUUCAUUCAGCUACUACAAAGGGGUGUCUGCAUUUGCCAAAGCCAGGAACCUAGAGGAGUUUCUCAACCAGACUUCUCAGUUUUACAAUGCCUCAGCCAAUGAUAGCCACUAUGCCAAAAAUCUAAUGACAUUCGAUUUUGGCUACAACCACAAUGGUAAUUUCUCAGCAAAGCGCAUCCAACACAUGCUGAGAGCCAUUGAGAUGGAAUUUGACCUUCUCCUCAUCUCAGAGUACUUUGAUGAGUCCAUGGUGCUGCUGAAGGAGGUCUUGUGCUGGGACUUGGAUGAUGUGGUCUCCUUCCCUCUCAACAGCAGAGAUGGUGGCACCAAGUUCCAUCUUUCAGAAAGCACCAUAGAGAAAAUAAAAAGCUGGAACCUGCUGGACUGGGAACUCUAUGUCCAUUUCAACAGGACUUUCUGGGAAAAGAUAGACUGGCACAUUGGUAGGGAGCACCUGCAGCAGGAAGUGAGGGCAUUGCAACAGAAGCGGGAGCAGCUAACAAAGACUUGCCUUCAAGAAGGUGGAAGUGUAGCCCCUAAGAAGAUCACAGACGAAGCACUGGCUCCCUUGCAGUAUGGCAGUGCAAAAAUUCUAGGCUACAACCUGAAGCCUGGGAUGGACAGGACAACAAGGCAGAUGUGUCGGCGUUUGGUGACACCUGAACUUCAGUACAGUAGGCUCCUGUAUAGGAAACAGUUUCUCAAGAAAUCCUUGAAGCUCAGCAACCCAGCUCACUUGCCAAAACUGUACAACCGCAGGACAGUUUGAGAACAAAUCUGAGAUACACAUUAGUAAGAACUAGGCCCUGAUCCACAUCCUGUGAUCAUCAGAAAUAGGGCAUGGUAUGAAGAAGGAUAAAAGACCAGGUGGAAAACAUAUCAAUAUCUAGAGAACGUUACCCAUUACCAGGGCCUUUAAAAAGAUAUUUUGAUUCACAUGGGAAUAGAAACCCACAUAGUUCCAUGCCUCCCAACUUCAUCUAUAAUACCUAAGCUGUUUCAUCUUCCUCCUUCCAAGGUGACUGUAGGAAACCACCAUAUAAAUUGCUAGAAAUAACUAACAAAUAAUUAAUUCAAGGCACGUCGGACUGUUCAUACACCUAUUUUAUUAGCAGCUGGGUUAUCCCCAAAUAGCUAAGUGAUG